AUGAGUCGGGUGUGGACGACGACUCGGAGGAAGAUUUCGACUAGUCCCGCUGGUGGAUACCUCUCUGGAUUCCGACGAGUCCCUCGGAGAGUACGUCCGACGACAUUGGGAACUAUUCACCAGUGUUUUCCCAGAGGAGUUGUUCCAGACCGCUACGAUGCCCUGACCUCCGCGCUCCACUUCGCUGACAACGAAGAGGAGCAUCCUGCGGAGGAUAGGCUUUGGAAGCUGCGCCCUGUGUUAGACGUCUUGGAAUCGACGUAUCGAUCCGUCCCGAACAAGAGCGUGACCGUCGACAAGAGCUUGUGGGCCUUCAAGGGGCGUCACCACGCCCUCCAGUACAACCCAAGCAAGAGGGCUCGGAGAGGGCUGAAGGUCUACAAGCUUUGCUCGUCCGACGGUCCAGAGGCAGGGUAUACAGCGGCCUUCAAGAUCUACAUGGGGCAAGACCGCGGCGUAUUUCCAUCCAGCAUGAAGGCCGUCACCGACCUGCUGGAGAAGGCAGAUCUACUCGACAAGGGGUACCAGUUACACACCGAGAACUGGUACACCUCCCCGACUCUCUUCCAUUACCUGCAGGCCCGGAAGACCAGUGCAGUUGGGACGGUACGUCUCAACCGGCGUGACAUGCCCUUGGACCUGCAGCAAGACCAGAAUGAUCUGCCUUCAGUGGGUCCAGUUACGACUGCCCACACCAGCAAGGUCGUUACCCUGCCUCCCAACCGCCGAGGGGUGGAGAGGUCGAAGCCUGAAGUUGUCGUUGACUACAACAACGGCAUGAAGGGCGUCGACUUCUCGGAUCAGCUGGCGCAGUCAUAUCCAUCGACGAAGAAGACUGUCAAAUGGUAUAAGAAAUUUUUCUUUACCUAUUGGAUAUGA